UUCAAGCACUCCGUCCACUUAAACAAGCUCGACCUACUUGAAUGGAAAUCGUUCCUGUUCACAGUAAAAGGCUUCAUAGCCCACUGCACAUACGACCACCUUCUAAUUUCAUCACCUCUUUCCGUGAAUUUACCGCAUCUAUUUAUCAGUUUCUACUCUUCCAUGCAAACCCAUUAUGGAUUCAACUCUGCUACUUCUUCUUUGUUUCUUCAAUUGGUUUCCUACUUCUAAAGAUUUUGCCCAUGCGAGAUGCGGCGAGAAAUAAGCCGAAGGACUUGGACUUGUUCUUCAUGGCGGUUUCCGCGAACACUGUGUCGAGCAUGGACACUGUCGAAAUGGAGGCUUUCUCUAACUCCCAGCUUAUGAUAUUAACUCUUCUCAUGCAACUAGGUGGGGAGGUGUUCAUUUCCAUGGUCGGUCUUCAGUUCACCAGGAUCAAGCUCGAGAAGAAGGAAACUCCAUAUAAUAAAGCUAACAUAGAACUCAUGAGCUCCAAAGAACUUGCCAAUGACUCCGACCAACCUGAGCUCGGGACGGUGGACUCCGGUGCAAUUAGUCCCGAGAGUGGCUCGGGGUACUUGAGGUACAGUUCUAUAAAGCAACUGGGAUUUGUGGUGUUGGGUUAUCUCUUAGCAGUUCAGAUCGUUGGCUAUGUGCUUAUCUUAGCGUAUGUAAGCCUCGUUCCAAGUGCAAGAGCUGUGCUUGAUGGCAAGGGGAUCCAUUUCCAGACCUUCUCCAUCUUCACUACGGUUUCUUCCUUCACCAACUGCGGCUUCAUUCCGACCAACGAGAACAUGAUGGUGUUUAAGAAUGGUUCCGGACUUCUUCUAUUGAUCAUAGUGCAGAUCCUCGCGGGGAACACCAUGUUCCCUUCAUUCUUAAGGUUGGUCAUAUUGGUCUUCGAGAAGCAUUCAAAUAGGCUAGAGUUCGAUUUUAUGGCGAAGAAUCAACGAGAGAUAGGGUUUGAUCACUUGCUCCCCGGCCGUCGUGCAGUGCUACUUGCCCUCACUGUGCUUGGGUUUGUGAUGGUCCAACUCAUACUCUUCUGCUGCUUGGAAUGGAGGUCUGAGGGCUUGGAUGGGCUGAGCCCAUACCGGAAGAUCCUGGCCUCACUCUUUCAGUCGGUUAACUCGCGGCACGCCGGCGAGACCAUUGUUGAUCUCUCCACCAUCUCGCCAGCCAUCUUGGUGCUCUACGUGGUCAUGAUGUACCUUCCUCCUUAUACUUCUUUUAUUCCUUUAGGAGAUGAUGAUGGGCCUUCAGAGCGUAAGGAAGGUGGCAGCAAGAGAAAAAACCUUGUGCAAAACUUGAUUCUCCCGCAGCUCGCAUGCUUAGCCAUCUUUGUCAUCAUCAUCUGCAUCACAGAGAGGAAGAAGCUCUCCGAAGAUCCCUUGAACUUUAGCGUCUUAAACAUAGUCAUCGAGGUGGUCAG